UUCCAUUUACUUUGUACUUUUGAUUCCUUAACAUUGUAAGAAAAAGCUCCGGUGAGUAAAAUGGCCGACGUUAGUAGCUGUUCAUCGGAGAGUGGCUGCAUCAGUAGCGAGAUCAUGCUGUUUGGUGUCAGAGUUGUUCUUGAUCCGAUGAGAAAGAGUGUGAGUUUGAACAACUUGUCUGAGUAUGAACAUACGGAAGAGAUCCCAAAGAUCAUCUCCGAGGAAGAGAAGAACAAAACCUCCUCUGGUUACGCCUCGGUGGACGAAGCUGUCCCGAUAACUUCUAUCCGCGAGAGGAAACGAGGAGUUCCAUGGACUGAGGAAGAGCACAAGCUGUUCUUGCUUGGGCUCCAGAAAGUAGGGAAAGGAGAUUGGAAAGGAAUAUCUAAAAACUUUGUCAAGACCAGGACCUCUACACAAGUAGCUAGUCAUGCUCAGAAAUACUUUCUCCGGCGAAGUAAUCUCAACCGUCGCCGGCGAAGAUCUAGUCUUUUUGACAUGACAACUGAUACGGUCAUGCCCAUGAAAGAAGAUCAAGUGCUUAUGCAGGAGAACACACCACAACAUGAAGUCAACAACUUCUCUAUACACCCGGUUAUGCAAGUCUUUCCAUCUGGUGAUAAUAAUACAUCAGGGAUUCAAUCUUAUGGACAUCACUCUUCCUCUAACUUAAUCAACAUGGUCCCAUAUACUUUUCAAGCAAGGCCUGAACCGAUCUCACUCAGCCUCACACUAGCCUCAUCUAAUCUUAAUGAACCUUCUUCUUCAAGGCACUCAGUAUUCAACACGAUUGGAGUUGCUUAGAGCAAAUCCGAAAAAGGUUGAAUAUGCAACACAUGCACCUUGUUUGUUUCUCUGUUGUACAGAUAGGUCUUGAGAUUUUCCUAUGUAUUUGGCUGAAGAGACCUGUGUUAAAGAAGAAUAAUAGACAGAGGAGUUUGGAGAAUAGUUACUAAGUUUGGUUUUUUAGGGUUUUCAUCAUCAAUCUUUUUUUCUUUUUCCUUCCAUGCUUGGAAGUUGUUGUAAUACUACUUAUCUGGUCAUUCGUGUGGAUCUAUCAUCAAAGCUUAUAAAAACUAUAUUAACGUUAUGUUUCAUUCAUGAGCCGUACUUGCUUCUCAUGUGGUGGCCAUCUCUAUCAAUAAUUGGUGAUUCA